AUGUCCCACACGGAGGACUGGGAUAAUGACAAGAAGGCCGCGACCAAAUACACUUGUUUGUCCUAUCGCUGGGGAGAUGAUGAAGCAACCCACACAGUUUUGAUCAACGGAAAGAUAAGAUGUGUUCGCCAGAACCUGUUCGACUUCCUCGACAUGUGGAAACAUGGGAGGAGGAGGAGACGGAAGUUGAAACGGUGGUUCUGGAUUGACGCCCUGUGUAUCGACCAAACCAAUGCGGCAGAAAGGAAUCAUCAGGUGCAGAAGAUGGGUCAAAUCUACUCGAAUGCUGAGGAGGUGAUCGUAUGGCUCGGUAAAGAGCCUGCU